AACAAGGGAUGAAGGUGUUGAUUUAGUCAGUGGAGAUACGCACGAAGUUGAUAAGUGACAUCAGUGGAGGUCCAGAGCUUAUCUUAUCAACAUUAACCUAAACUCAGCGCCCAGGCACCUUCCUUCCACCUUGUAAGCCACCUAUAGAAACCAACUUAUCCGCUAGAUGGCAAGCAGUUGACAUAAAGUUCUUCUCCAACCCUUUCCAAGCUUCAAGCUUAACUUUUAUUCUACAAUAACCUUGGUAUCUAUCACCUAUUAAACUGUGACUCGCCAAUAUGUCGAAACGUGUCUAUUUUGCCGUUGAAGGACGUGUCCAAGGUGUUGGUUUCCGGUAUUUUGCUCAGAAGAAGGCCCAAGAGUACGGAGUGACGGGAUGGUGCCGAAACACGAAGGAUGAAAAGGUCGAGGGCGAGGCUCAAGCCAGUGAAGAAAUUCUAUCCAAAUUCUUCAAGGAUGUAGACAAUGGCCCAAGAUCUGCUCGCGUGGUUAGAGUUUCCCAAGAAGACCGGCAAAUUAUCGAGGACGAGAAUGACUUUGUUGUUACUCGUUGAGAAUUGGUAGUAACGAGACAUGACACAAAACCUAUGUAACAAAAUCAUGAUAAACGCCCAAUACUUCAAUCAGUUUGUUCUUCUAUAACCUGUGUUUCCAGAUAGGAAUGCCGGAAUAUCAUCUACUCGUAUAUACGAUCAGAGCGUGGACAGAAAGGGGUUUCC